AUGGCUGCUGAGAGCCCUCUCGAAAGUCUCCAGGAUGAAGCCACCUGCUCCGUCUGCCUGGAGUUCUUCAAGGAUCUGCAGAUGCUUAUGGACUGUGGGCACAAUGUCUGCGGAGCCUGCAUCACCCAGUGCUGGGAAGGGCUGGUGACAGAUGUCUGCUGCCCUCAGUGCAGACAGAGCUUUCCUCAAAGGAACCUGAGCCUAAAAAGGCAGCUGGAGAAUGGUGUAGAAAUAGCCAAGCAUGCACCUGAGGGCACCGAGGAGCAAACAGGGUCUGGGGAGCCCCAGGAGGCUCUAAAACGGCUGUGCACAGAGGAUGGAAGCCCCAUCUGUUUGGUGUGUGAUGGAUCCCCAGCACACCCAGCUCCACCCAUAGUUCCCAUAGAGGAGGCUGCGCAGGAGUACAAGCAAAAUCUUCAGGCCUGUUUGAAGACUCUGAGGGAAGAGCGAGACAAGUUGCUGCAAGUGAAAUUGAGCGGAGAGGGGAGAACCCAGGAAUAUCUGAAACAGGCACGAGUUGAGAGGCAGAAGAUUGUGUUUGAAUUUCAGCAACUACGCCAAUUCCUAGAGGAACAAGAGUGCCUCCUGCUGGCCCAGCUGGGAAUGUUGGAGAAGGACAUGGAAAAGGUGCAGGGAGAAAAGGUCACCAAAAUCUCUGAAGAGAUUUCCUGCCUCAGUGAGCUGAUCAUUGAAGUGGAAGGAAAGUGCCAGCAGUCAUCAAGUGACCUCCUGCAGGAGAUCAGAAACACCCUGAGCAGGUGUGAGAAGGGGAAGUUCCAGCACCCAGGGGAGCUGUCUCCUGAGCUUGGAAGGAGACUCUGGGAUUUCUCCCAGAAAACCCUCAUCCUCCAGGAGAUCCUGAGAAAGUUCAAAGACACUCUGAUAUCUGACCUGGAGAAGAAAAGGGGAGAUAUGCAGGAAACGUACACCAAGGUGAAGGUGACUCUGAAUCCAGACACGGCAAACCCCUGGCUCCUCCUUUCUGCUGAUCGGAAAAGUGUAAGAUUGGCAGACGCACAGCAGGACCUGCCCAACAAUCCUCAGAGAUUUGACUUGUUUGAGUGUGUGCUGGGCUGUGAGGGAUUCACCUUGGGGAGACACUUCUGGGAGGUGGAGGUGGGGCAGGGGGAAGCCUGGGCUGUGGGCGUAGCCAGAGAGUCUGUGAGGAGGAAGGGACUGAUCAACUUUAAUCCUGAGGGAGGGAUCUGGGCCGUGCAGCUCUGGCUGGGUCAGUUCCGGGCUCUCACUGCCCCUGAUCGCACCCCACUUCCCCUGGGCCAGGUGCCCAGCAGGGUGCGGGUGUGUCUGGACUGUGCAGGGGGGUGGGUGUCAUUUCUUGAUGCUGGUACUAAGGCCCCAAUCUUCACCUUCCCGCCAGCCUCAUUUGCUGAGGAGAGAAUUCAUCCCUGGCUCUGGGUAGGGCCAGGAGUAUUUCUGGGGACUUCUGAACUCAAACUAUGCCACUGAGAUGGGUGUGGAACGUGCCAAAGGAAAUGGAUUUCUCUGGCCUCAAUUUUACCGGUCCCUAUAACCCUCUCCUCAAGACUUCCCUCUACUCAGCCGUCCCUCCCACCCUGCAUCCC